AUGAGCAAGCCCGAUGCUCAAACCAGCUUUUCCCUAAAGGAACUGCGGCAAAUUCUGAAGGGCCUUUCCAACAAUCUACAACAAGGAGCCUCCAAGAUAAAAGAUCUUGUAGACUUCCAGAUCACCUUACUCGAGAUCUUCAAGUAUGAAAGCAAGAGGUUCGAUGCUUUGGGAUACUGUGAUCUUUCUAUGGCUUGUGUGGCUCAUAUAACUAAUAUUUUCCUAGCAUCAGACCUUGCUCCGUCUGCUACACAAGAAAUGAAACCUAUAACUCAGCAGAUCAACAAUCAGCUCCAAAUUAACCAGAGCAAAUUCCUCGCAAUUGAGCAGAAACUAGAUCAGAUAUCAGGCCAAGACAAGAGUGAGACGGACUCUGCUGACCCACUUCUCAUGAGAUUCGCCAACCUCAAAACUGGGGUCUCAGAGGCUCCAGUAGCGUCAUCAUUUCAAGGAUUCUUGUACGCUGACUCGCUAUCGGUUUAUGAACUCAAUCAUCUCAUACGAUCAAGACCUGAUGAUGUACUUCUCUUGGACUUCAGGAGCAAAAAGGAGUUUACUUACAGUCAUAUCAACUUCCUGAACGUUGUGAACAUAGAGCCUUCUAAAGUAUCUGCAUUGCUACAGGAGAAACCACAGGCUACCGACAAAGAUUUAGAGAAUGUAUUGAACCUUGACGCUGAAAGUCUCCGUCUAUUUCAAAGCAGACAGAGGUUUGAUCUCAUCGUGGCUUACAAUCUCCGGUUCGGAGGCAUAGGGAACGACAAGUUCCAGGCGUUGGAGUUUCUGCUCUUGAAUAAUGACUCAAAAGGCAUUCCGUCGAAGAAUCCUUUCAAAGACAUUCUUGACUUGUUGAUGUACAGAUCAGAGUACCUCAGCUCGAGACCUAAACAGUACCCGGUCUAUUUGAACGGAGGCCUUGAAAGGUGGUACUCAACAUUUGGAGAAGGCUCACUCACAAGAAGCACUGAUGAAGCGGUGAAAAAGCAACAAUCCAAUGGCGCAACGAACGGGUCAGCCAAGACAUCCGAGUCAGCUUACGUCAGAAACUUCGGUGACUACCUCGCCAGCGCAAAAUCCAAAACGCCACCACUUGCUACCAAGAAGUCCAGCGAAAGACAAAGCAAUGAUUACAAUUAUAUCAGACCACGUCAGCAACCUCCUAGUUACGAGGCAUCGAAAAGUAUCAGGACACCAGCUCCUGUGGAACAGAAGGCUCCACCCACUAUAGAAUCCUCAGCCCCAAUGUUGCCUCCGAAGGAGAAAGUACCACAAGAGAAACCGCUCACUCCACAAAAUCAGACUAUUUCUCCACAAAGAACCGGAAAUUCGGAGACGAACCCCUUCUUAGAGAACUUCGCAACAGGGUUGACGAACCUUGGCAACUCAUGCUAUAUGAAUUGUGUACUUCAGUGCCUAGGAGCUACUCCGCAGCUAACGUCAUUCUUUUUUCCAACUUCGAAAGGUGACAAACAGAUGAGUCUGUCUUACCGCCAACAUAUAAACUCGAAGAAUAGACUCGGGACGAAUGGUGUCUUAACUACCAACUUUGUCAAACUCCUUGCACACAUGUUUAAUAAUGUUGGCAAGUACUUCGCUCCUCACGAGUUCAAAAAGAUCAUCGGCACAGUACCUUCAGGUCGCCAAUUUGCAUCAUUCGAUCAGCAAGAUUGCAUUGAGUUCUUGAACUUUGUGCUCGACUCGUUGCACGAAGAUUUGAAUCAACGUGCUGUUGAAAAUGGCGAGGAGAGAACUGCAAUUAUGGAGCUUUCACCUGAGCAAGAGCAAACCAGAGAGAUGCUUCCUGUGAGACUUGCAUCCACGAUAGAAUGGGAAAGGUAUCUCAAAUUGAACUUUUCGGUAAUUGUGGACUAUUUUCAGGGACAGUACUUGUCGCAGUUAAAGUGUCUUGAGUGUGGUAUGACAUCCACAACUUACAAUGCAUUUUCUAUAUUGUCUUUGCCAAUCCCGGAAAGACUCAACAAGGACAAGGUGGUUACUUUGGCUCAAUGCUUAGAUCUUUUUACGGAUACUGAACUUCUUGACGACGACAACAAAUGGCAUUGCCCCAGGUGCAAAAGAUUCACCAAGCUGACGAAGAAAAUUUCUAUUACGAGGCUUCCUCGAGUCCUAAUCAUUCAUUUUAAGCGGUUUCUGAUGCUGUUGUCGGGGCACUUCAAUAAGCUCGAGACUUUCGUUACAUACCCUGUUAACGAGACGCUUGAUUUGACUUCAUACUGGCCGCAGGUCGGCACUUACAUUAACCCAGACAAGAGUAUGGACACGGCGAAAGAACUGCAGAUACUUUCCACUUUUCCACAAAGGCAUCAAGACCCUCCUUUCAAGUACAAGCUCUAUGGUGUGGUCAAUCACUUCGGAAACUUGACGACCGGUCAUUACACUGCCUAUGUCAAGAAAGCAAGCGACCUGAAGCAAAGGAAAGAUUGGUGUUAUUUCGAUGAUGCCAAGAUUCAAUAUGACUGCAAGGUGAACCAAGUGAUGAACAAGAGCGCUUACUGUUUAUUCUUCCAGAGAAUCUAA